UGACAGCUGGUUUCCUGGCUGCGCUGGCAGUCAACAUGGCGGCGAUGAAGCUGAGUGAGGUGCGGGAUCCCAGCGCCCUGUUUGAGGCGCACAGCGCCGAGGAGAUCCGGGUGCUGGAGAGGAAGGUGCGGGCGGAGAUCGAGCAGAAGAAGGAAGAGCUGCGGCAGAUGGUGGGGGAGCGGUACCGGGAUCUGAUCGAGGCGGCGGACACCAUAGGAGAGAUGAGGAAGAGUGCGGGGCUGGUGGUGGAGGCCGUGCGGGAUAUGGAGCGCUACUGCGGGGCCCUGAAGUCCAAGCCCAGCCCGGCCUCGGGGCUCCGGGGAAGCAGCGCUGCACAGUCCCAGGAGAGGUUUUACAGCACGGCUGCUCAGAUCAAGCUGCUGCUGGAGAUUCCGGAGAAGAUCUGGAGCGCCAUGGAGUCCUCUCAGUACCUGCGCGCCACCCAGCUCUACCUACUGUGCUGCCACCUGCACACCCACCUGCAGCUCGACUCCUCCGCCUCCCGCUACAGCCCCGUCCUCGCCCGCUUCCCCAUUCUCAUACGGCAGGUGGCAGCAGCUGGCACAUUCCGGUCCACCAUCCUGCAGGAGAGCAAGUCCCUUCUGAGAUGUUCCUCGGCCUCUGACCAGUCUGUGGCGGAGGCGCUCUGCUCCAUCAUGCUUCUGGAGGACAGCUCUCCGCGCCAAGCCCUGGCCGAUCUCCUGCUCGCUAGAAAGGCCGGCAUCCAGCAGCUGCUCAACCAGCCGCAUCACGGCUCCAGCAUAAAGUCUCAAGUGUGUUCCUUGGUGGAACUUCUGGCCAAUACCCUGUACCAGGCCCAUGCCCUCUUCUACACCCAGCCGGAUGAUGUGCCCGCAAACCCCACUCUAAGCUGUGGCCUCUUAUUCUCUAUGUUAGAGACAGUCACUGCCCAGCAGGCAGGAGGAAAAGCCGUGAAGGUGCUACGGGAGGAGAUGCAGUCCGUCAGCUGGUUCAAGCACCUUCCGCCCUCCGUCGCGGAUUUCCAGCCCACCCUGCGGACCUUGGCUCACCCCAUAAGCCAGGACUAUCUGCGGGAGACUCUGCAGCAGUGGAUUCACCUGUGUAACGAGGACCUUAAGUCUGGCAUUUCCGCUCUGCUCGUCUAUGUGAAGACCCUGAAGGGCCUGGCCGGCAUCAGAGACGCUGCGUGGGAACUGCUGACCAGCGACUCCAUGAGCCAGAACUGGGAGAAGGUUUGUCGGCGACUACUGGACCGACCCAUCCGCUUCUGGGAGGACAUGAUGCAGCAGCUGUUCUUAGAGCGACUCCAGACUCUGAUAAAAGAAGGCCUUGAGUCCAUCUCCAGCGACUCCGUGCAGCUCCUACGCUCCACACUGCAGGACCUCGAGAGGAGCCCAGACACCCUCAAACAUGCCCAGCACGAGAGCAACAUCUGCUCCUUCCUAUGGUCCGAAAGCCAGAGCGACCUCCCGACGGAUGCCGCCUGGAUCAGUGUGGCAAACCGCGGCCCCCAGCGCAGGAGCGGCCUAUCCCUGAAGGCUCAGGCAGUCACUCCAUGCGUUCAGAGCUUCUGCCAGGCCUUAGACUCCAAACUGAAGGUCAAACUAGAAGACCUGUUCUCCUACCUGCCAAGGGAGGCGUCCGCUACAGACCAGCAGAACGAACCUCUCACAGCGGGCGGCAAGCCCUCGGCUUUUGAUCGAUACGGCGAUGCCAGCACGGUGCAGCAGAUGUUGGGCCACCAUUGCCUCGCGUGUAUGCAGCACAUCCAGGAUGCGGUCAAGGCACAGCUCAGAACUGCUGGAGGAGCAGAACUUGGCGACCGUAACGCGUGUGCCUUAUGUAAAGUGCUUUUCCUGGCAAGGCUGUGCCAGUCCUUGAGCGAACUCUGCCCACAUUUGAAGCAGUGCGUCUUGGGAAAGACUGGUGGCAUUGAACAGACUAUACGAGAGACUAAGACGGGCAAGAAGUCUGGUAAAGGGAGAGCCGCCGAGAAGCCGCAGGUCGUCUGCAAGUGGCAAGAACUGAAAGACAAACUCGUAAACCAAUCUCUGGAGGCCUACUCCAUCUGGAGCACCACUGUGGUCAAACACUUGGUCCAUUCCUUCACCAACACCUUACUGCAGAACACAGCCGGCUCCGCGCUCGCUACUGCCACCCAGUGGGAUGAAAUAGAAAUUCAGGAGGAAACUGAGGCAGGAAGCAGCGUAACAUCAAAGAUCCGACUCCCUGGACAGUGUUCCUGGCACGUCCAGUCCCUUCUGUUCAACUUGUGCCAAGCCGUCAACUGCGUCGGAGGGCAUGCCCUACCGAAAGUGACCCAGCAGGCGUUACUAAGGAGUUGCCAGGAUGAAGUGCUCAGUGCAUAUGAGAAGCUGUGCGAAGAAGGUCUGGGAAAGAAAUCUGCUAAUUCCGUCACACAGACGAGAGCUCUGCAGCUGCUCUUUGACCUCCGUUACUUGUGCCUAAUCCUCGGCUCUCGUUCAGAAGAUGGUAAAAGUGGUAAAGCCAAGCCGGACUCCAGGAUUCAGCAGGUGGCCGAUCAGCUGGAGAGCUGCAUUGAUCCGUUUGAUUUGGACGUCUUCACCCCACACUUGAAUGUUAAUUUAAACCGGCUGGCCCAGAGGACCUCGGUCCUCUUUGGGUUACUCACAGGAAGUGAAAACCAGUUCACCAGCAGAAGCUCCACCCUGGGGGUGCAGGAGACGCACAAUGUCCUGCCAUUGGCUUCCAGCCAGAUACGGUUUGGGCUGCUUCCCCUUAGUAUGUCUAGCUCACGCAAGUCAACGAGCAGGACUGUGGAAGAUGUGAAAAUGCAGAUGCCCCGGACCAUCCCCGAACCCGAGGACACUUUCAGACCAGGCUCCUUGUUCAGACAACUGGCAACGCAGGACGACGACGCUCAGGCCCCGUCCCUCUUCAAACUGGGCUGGCUCUCCAGCAUGACCAAGUGACCCCCCCCCCCCCACCACCACCAACCCACACCUUCAAGAACUGACACACUGUAACAAACUGUAAUUUUGAGCAAAUUAAAUAACUUUAUUGUGCAUCAAUCCCAGUUUGUAUUGCCUGUGUUUCCACCUCAGGUAUAUAUAGAGACACGGGUGCUGUGGUAUACAAAAUCUCCUUGACUUCUUGGAGAGCUGGUGCCAGAAAAAGCAAACCACCCUGGCAACUCAUCGAGUAUUCUCAUUUAAGACAACUGAAAAACUUCUGCAACUCCAGGUCAAUUUUCUAAAUUGACGCAUCCACCCUCCUGCAACUUUACCAAAUGCUUUGUCUUACUGCCCCUGGGGACAGUCAAGCCAUGCAGUAUCAAUGGCAGGCACUGGACGAUAAAGUCAUUGAUGAGGAUACAAAGCAUACAUCCACCAUAUCUCCACAAGAGGUUGCUCAGGGUUGUCUGAUGGCGCCCACAGACAUGGGUGAUCAGACUGUGCCCACUGGAAAGUUGGGCAUUUGCAAACAGCAUAAGUAAAUGUUCAGAGACUUGGGGUAUUCUGUUUGGGUGCCUACUAAUUUCCUA